AUGUCUCAGGAAUUGACUCACCCUACGAUCAAGGAUGGCUGGUUCAGAGAAAUCUCUGAUACCAUGUGGCCUGGCGAAGCCAUGACUUUGAAGGUCGACAAGAUUUUGCACCACGAAAAGUCGAAAUAUCAGGACGUCUUGAUUUUUAAAUCAACCGAUUACGGUAAUGUUCUUGUUUUGGACAAUGUUAUUCAGGCUACUGAGCGUGAUGAAUUUUCCUAUCAGGAAAUGAUUACGCACUUAGCAAUGAACUCUCACCCCAACCCUAAAAAGGUUCUUGUCAUUGGUGGUGGUGACGGCGGUGUCUUGAGGGAAGUGGUUAAGCACGAAGGCGUGGAGGAGGCAUGGCUGUGUGACAUUGAUGAGGCCGUCAUUAGACUCUCCAAGCAGUACUUACCAGAUAUGUCCAAAUCCUACUCGCACCCCAAAGUUCGCACUCACAUCGGUGACGGUUUCCAAUUCUUGAGAGACUACCAGAACACCUUUGACGUGAUCAUUACCGACUCGUCUGAUCCCGAAGGUCCUGCUGAGACUCUAUUCCAAAAGCCUUACUUUGAACUUUUGAACAGCGCUUUGACUUCCAACGGUGUUAUCACCACCCAGGCUGAAAGUAUUUGGUUGCACCUACCAAUCAUCAAAGACUUGAAGAAGGCUUGCUCUGAGGUUUUCCCAGUGGUUGAGUACUCUUACACCACUAUCCCUACUUACCCUUCAGGCCAAAUUGGUUUCAUGGUGUGCUCAAAGGACAAAAGCGUUGAUGUUAAAAAACCAUUGCGCACCUUGUCUGAUGAUGAGGAAGCCAAAUUGUACAGGUACUACAACAAGAGAAUCCAUGAAGCUUCUUUUGUGCUACCUACCUGGGCUGCAAAGGAGUUAGAACUGUGA